GCCGAACACGCGUUAAGGGCGUAAGAGACAUGAAUAUAAUUCAUAUCUAUGUCAUUCUUAUUGAUAAUGUGCAAGUGUUUGUUCUCAAAACUAUUCACCCUAUGAAACCAGUAAUUCCAGAGUAUUACGCUAGGAGGCACGACCACCUGUGCAUUUUGGAUUGCCGAGUGUUACGACCUGUCGUGAACCCGUCUAUCCACAUACCUCUAUAAAGUUUGACCACGUAGUAGCAGCGGCAUUUGAUGCGUUGUCUGAUACAAUUAAACAUGAUACCAUGGACUGCAUGGUGCCGUCUGUUUAGUCACGCACGGAUACCCUUUUUGAGGCCUAGGCGGGUUGUCAAAUUCAGGCACUGUCGUUGUGUAUGUGUAAAAGUGUAAAGUGCAGCUAGCCAUGAUGUUUUUCACUCCGUUUAUUUCAGUGACUGUAACGUCGCUGUUUCUCCUAUCCUAUCAGUUUGUUAUUGGAGAGAAAGUCCUUUUAGUACCCGUACCAUUUGCAGACAGCCACUGGCUAGCCCAAUCCAAUUUAGGACGUGCCUUGGUGAACAGAGGCCAUGCUGUUACCGCUGUGAUGUCAGAAGACAGUUUGGCGGAGCGACAAUCUGCAGAGUUUCUGUUCGAGACCUUCGAGGACCGGGGCACACGCGCAAGGCUGAAGGCACUCGAAGACCGCCUGGUCUCCAAUGCUGCAGAGAUGUCUCUUGCGGGCGUGAUACAAGCGGCGAUCAUGCUGUCGCAGGAGAUGAUGAAACACUGUGAUUUCCUGUUGGGGGACAGCAACUUGCUACAGCGGCUGAGAGACUCACGCUACGGUGCUGUGGUUACCGACCCGUUCUUCCCGUGCGGAGCCAUCCUCGCCGCACAUCUCCAGAUCCCUCACGUCGCCCACCUCCGGACAAACGCCUACCGCAUCGACCUCGCGGCCACGGGAGUCCCCCAACCCCCGGCCUACGUGCCGGACUUCCUGCUACCUUUCACCGACCAAAUGACGUUUCUACAAAGGACGCAGAAUGCGGUCGUCUCCGCAAUGAUGUCUCUGUUGUCCCAUUGGAUCCUAAGCAGCAACUUCGACGGUUUAGCUCGUAAGUUUCUAGGCGAGGACGAGACCCUUCUAAGCGCCAUGUCGCGCGCCGACUUGUGGCUGUAUCAGACAGACAACGUCUUGGAUUUUCCCACGCCCUCCAUGCCCAACAUGAUCCAGGUCGGCGGGUUGAACGUCCGGGAGGUCGUCCCCCUUGCUGCAGACCUGGAAACGUUUGUCCAGAGCUCUGGAGAGGAUGGCGUGGUGGUGGUCAGCUUUGGAUCGAUCGUCAAGACGAUGCCCACAGACAGAGCAGAGGUGUGGGCAGCAGCCCUGGCGAGGCUCCGACAGAAGGUGGUGUGGCGGUACACGGGAGAGAAGCCGGCCGGGCUGGGCACCAACACCAAGCUGAUGGGCUGGCUUCCUCAGAACGAUCUGCUGGGCCAUCCCAAGACCAGAGCCUUCGUCACCCACGCGGGCUACAACGGCGUGAGCGAAGCCCUGCACCACGGCGUGCCGAUGGUUUGCGUGCCGUUUUUCGGGGACCAGCCUUCUAACGCCGCCCGGGUGGUGGCCAGGGGACUAGGGGUGAAGGUGGAGUUCAGCACGGUCACUGCGGACGAGUUGUACCAGGCCAUUCUACAUGUUCUUACCAACAACAGCUACCAAGAGACGGCAGCCCGCCUGUCCCACCUGCACCGUGACCAGCCCCAGUCACCCAUGGAGCGGGCCGUCUGGUGGAUAGAACACGUCAUCAAACAUGGCGGACUACCCCAUCUCCGCGCACGCGCCGUGGAGCUGCCGUGGUACCAGUACCACCUGCUGGACGUGGCCGCGUUCUUGCUGGCCGUCUGUGCAGCUGUGCUAGGUACCGUGUGGUACAGCUGUGCGUUCUUCUGUAGGAAGUGUUGCCGCAAAAGUUCUGACAAAGUCAAACGGCAAUAGGUGAAUGUGAUGUAGUUACAGAUUCGCCAUAGUAAAAACUAUUUUAAUCCGUCUGCAUCGAUGGGUUCCACCGUCUUGGGACAUUUUGAUGUUGACGCCUGCUCUUCAGCAUCUUAUUGGUCAAUCGACAUGUACACUUAUAACGAUGCAGUACUAUCAUGAACUCACGUGUCGGCGCCUCUGUACUGCCGAGUUGCUAGAUACUAAAGGCACAAUCAUGAAAUUCUGGCACAACGCUACAAAAACUCAUAUUAAUUCUGUCUAAUUGCUACGAAAAAUUACUGUUAAAGCGGUCUUCAACAUUCUCUUUCUCCGACUGCAACUACAAGCAACAACAAGUACUGUGAAUAAUGUAUAAGAUGUGAAACUGACGAAAGGUAAUGGAUGAUAUCUGAAACGUCCGUCCGUUUCCAAAGUAAAUUCCGGUGGCUUGAGUAACUUCUUUUGGGGGUGAUGUCCUAACAUGCAUACGUCUUGUGCGUGCGUGUGAGAGGGGUAGCUUUCCAUCAAUAUGUUUUAUCCGUAUGGGGAUAAUCAUUCAUAGUUAGGCCAUGUUGAUUUGAUUAUAUGGAUGACAUCCGCGCUCGCACCAAUUUUUU